AAUUUUUCCAACAUCAUGACACUUAUUUGGAGUCUGUGGCUCAAGCGAUUUGAAAGCUAUUGCGCGAAUAUCCAACUUGAAACGGUCUUUACCUCCGUGACAUGUUGCAGAAACCUGGACUUUUAAUUUGGUUAUGAACUGCACAGCGCAAUAGGAAAGAAAAUCGGAGAAAGUAGGCAUCAUUGUGAGUGCGGCUGAGCGUUACAAGGAAUCCUUUCGAUUAAUGCUCCUUCCUCACGGGUACCUGAGCCUGUGUAAGGACGUUAUUUGAAUGUGACUGAAGGAGUGGGAUGGUAGUUAUGUAUUCAAACAACCAUCAAUGGAAUAGUAUUUUUGUUUUGUUUCAAUACCCCGUGUAGUAGUUGGCGGCCAUACACCAAUAGGUGUAGUCUGCCAUAAAACUUAAAAGAAGGUCUUCCAAACAGAUGUCAGAUAAUAGGCUGGGAACGUAUCAGCUACAUACGUGUGCCAGUGCAAUUCCUUCAUCGCUCUGGAGGAGCUGAUUCGGCUAGCGUCAUCAUCAGCACCAUCAUCGACUUGACUUCAUCACUCUCACAUUAGCCAUGACAAUUACUUUGCCUACGAUUCGACAGCCUUCCCCAACAGUCAUUGAACCACAGCCACGCCGAUGAGAGCACUUUGCACACCCCGCAUAAAAUUUAAAGGAACUCCGAUUUGUUUGGUGCAAGCAGCGGCCGAUGUUCUGAACUGAAGCCGAGGUAGCCAGUGUGGGGCCUUGGGACGCCUGCGUUCACAUUGCUGUUGUUUUUUAUAUCUUGCAAACAUGGCGGCCCCUGCGCUAACCAGCCGGGCUGGGUCCGUAAAUAGCUUGGGAAACAGCCCCACUGCGACUCCCAGCUCCACGAACAAUAACAACAAGAUCAUCCCAAACUACCCCGAGCUCGAUUUCAGGUCCGGUGCCAGAAUCGAGGAUUUGAACCGAUUGAUUCUGGAAUUUAGUAAGCACGAUCAGCGAGAAUAUGACGACCAGCGAGCGCUCGAGAUUCACACCGCCAAGGAUUUCAUUUUCUCCAUGCUCGGUAUGGUGCAGAAAUUGGACCAGAAGCUCCCUGUGGCCAACGAGUACCUGCUGCUGUCAGGUGGUGUGCGGGAGGGCGUGGUCGACAUGGACCUAGACGAGCUGAGUGUUUACGCCCGUGGCACCGACUAUGACAUGGACUUUACCCUCCUCGUGCCUGCGCUCAAGCUGCACGACCGCAACCAGCCGGUCACUCUGGACAUGCGCCACUCAGCCCUGUGCCACUCGUGGCUGAGCCUGCGCCUCUUCGACGAGGGCACCAUCAACAAGUGGAAGGACUGCUGCACAGUGGUAGACCACAUCAAUGGCGCCACCAACUACUUCUUCUCACCCACACUGGUGGCUGACUGGUUCUACGAGUCCAUCAGCGUGGUCCUGGUAGAGAUCCAGAAGAAGCCCCAGCGCGGCAUGCCCCGCGUGGAGAAGGUGGAGCGGAACGGCACAAUCAUCUCCGUCAUCCUGGGCGUGGGCAGCAGCCGCAUGCUCUAUGACAUCGUGCCUGUGGUCUCCUUCAAGGGAUGGCCAGCGGUGGCCCAGAGCUGGCUGAUGGAGAACCACUUCUGGGACGGCAAGAUCACAGAGGAGGAAGUGAUCAGCGGCUUCUACCUGGUGCCUGCCUGCUCCCACAAGGGCCGUAAGGAGAAUGAGUGGCGCCUAUCUUUCGCCCGCAGCGAAGUGCAGCUCAAGAAGUGCAUCUCGGCCAGCCUGAUGCAGGCCUACCAGGCGUGCAAGGCCAUCAUUAUCAAGCUGCUGUCAAGGCCCAAGGCCAUCAGCCCCUACCACCUGCGCAGCAUGAUGUUGUGGGCCUGCGAUCGGCUCCCCGCCACCUACCUGUCCCAGGAAGACUUUUCAGCCCACUUCCUGCUAGGCCUCAUUGACGACCUGCAGAACUGCCUGGUCAACAAGAUGUGCCCCAACUACUUCAUCCCACAGUGCAACAUGCUAGAGCACCUGUCGGACGAGAUGGCCAUGCUCCACGCCCGCAAGCUCAGCUCGGUGCGCUCCGACCCGGCCGAGCACCUGCGCACUACCAUUGAGCACGCCAAGGCGGCCAACCGACUGACCCUGGAACUGCAUUGGCGCGGCAGUGCCUCAAACCUGCCGUCACCACAGUCGGACGCGGGCGGCGAGCACCAGCCGGAUGACCGCUUGGCUAAGAAGCUGCAGCAGCUGGUGACAGAGAACCCUGGAAAGUCCAUCUCGGUGUUCAUCAACCCCGAUGACGUGACGCGGCCGCACUUCCGCAUCGACGACAAGUUUUUCUGAGACUUCAAAAUAGAAAAAAGCUAUUCUUCUCCUCCCCCCACAUCACCCAUUCUCCUUUUGACUAGAUCGAUCGGUCGAGUCGUCAAAUUAGUCGGUUUACCAAGUAACGGUCACCACAGAGCAUUGUGAGGUGCUUUUGUGCAAUGGUGUCUUCCCAUUUUGUUUGCCUGUCCCCACACCCCACCAACCCUACAGUGCCCGUGUCACCUUGAGAAGGCCUUUACAGGACUACAUGAAACAGGUGGAAGAAGAGUCACUGCGUCUUUCCUCGGAAAGUUAAGGAAUGGCUUAGUCCCUGUAGGGGAACUGAUGGUACUAACGCCAUAACUGUACAUAAAGAGAGUUGAGUAGAUAUGUGUGAGUGAAAAUUGGUAUUAUUUUGCACAGAAUGUAGAGGCACACAGUUAUGGUGGAAGUUGUGAUGUGAAGUCUGAAAUGUUGCAUAUCUUUUAGGAAGGCAAUGUCAAUGCUCUUUUUUUUCUCUAUUGGGCAAAAUGCUCUGAAUUAAUACCUACUGGUUUAGAGUUGUUAUUCCAAUAAGCUGUAUCGCAAUGACAAGAUGUUUCUAACUUUACAUUCUCUGUGCAUUCAUGUCCUAUGUGUAUAGUGAGCAGUUCCAGACGUAUCCAGAAUAUGCCAAAAACCUGCAGAUAUCUGACCGGCAAUGUGAUACACAUAUCUUCAUCCUCAAGUGCAAUUAGUAAACAAAAACACACACACACACAAACACCACACCACUCCACACCACACAUACAAGUGCUAACACUCAUCAUACACACUCCUGAUUAGUGAAAUGGUGUAUUUGUUACGUAUUUGUGAUAUUCCAGAACUCUGGGACCUUGUCCUUUUGUUUGUUUGUGUUAUAUGGAACUUGGAAACAUUUGACUGUGAUUCUUAUUUUCCAUAUUGCUGCUGACCUUAUGAAGAUGUUUUAUGAUUGAUUGGUUAUGCAAAUUAAGUGAACAAACACACAAUUAUGUAUUUUAAUUGGACAUGGGCGUAGCUACUGUGUACAUAGUAUUGUAAAGCAGCAGUGGGACCCUGCCUGUAUCAUUUGUAUGGACCAAUCUGUCAGCGGCAUUGUCAGCACCAACGAAUUGCAUGGCCUGAGGUUCUUCAAAUCCUGUUGAGUCAAACCUGUCAUGGACUAAAUGAGCAACCUCACCAUCGGCAGGGAUCAUUUUCUCCCAAGUGGCGCAGCGGACUAAGACACUGCAUCUCAUUGCAAGAAGCAUCACUGCAGUCCCUGGGUCAAAUCCAGGCUGCAUCACAUCCGGCCAUGAUUGGGAGUCCCAUAGGGCGGCGCACAAUUGGCCCAGCGUCGUCUUGGUUUGGCCGGGGUAGGCCGUCAUUGUAAAUAAGAAUUUGUUGUUAACUGACUUGCCUAGUUAAAUAAUAAAAUAAAAAAACACACUGCCUUACCAUCAAUUCGGACUAAUCACUGGAGUGGCCUGAAGAAUGUGUUCUAUGCCUUUCUAAAGGCAUACUGGCCGCAUACCAGGCUGACUACGUUGCAUACGCCUGCGAAAUCUCACAACGCUGUCAUAUCAUAUCAUAUAAGAUGUCAUAUCACAUCAUAUGAACAAUCUGAUGCCUGUCUGUUCAAAUCGAUUGACCAUGGGUUGAUGCAAUGCAAUAUCUGCAAUGUAGUUAGCCUGAAACGUGACCAUACUGUAUGAGAGGGAGAGCAAGUGAUGCAAUGAUCAAAUCAAAUUAUGUGUAGAUGGUAACAUUAUUAUCAAGCUAAAAUGUAAUUAAACAUAUUUAACAACAACUCUAAAGAGAAACUGCUUGAAAAUAAUUGAUUCAACAAUUUAUAUAACAUUUAACAGUUGCUUGUCUGCACAUUCAUGAUGUUCAGUAUGUUGCAAACAAUAUCAAUUAGUGUGAUGAAUAAAGAUGUACAGGAUCCCA